AUGGUGCUCAUAAGCAAAACAGGUUUACUUGAGGGUAUCAAGAACCCCGUCAGAAGACACGUGCGGGCAGAGACGGUACACUUCCCUGUGGUGGCUGGGCCUGCCCCCUACGCACUGAGGCCCUUCGCUGGAGUGUACAAUCCCUUCCCGUAUGGCUGCUCCAUUCUCUGCAACCAUCCAGCCGACUUCGAGGCCAAGGAUGUGGUCCGCAGGGCGAAGGACACCUGGGCGAGCGAGGGCCGCGCGGCACUGGCGUACGGCGACGGAGAGGCGGCGGUGCCGGAGGAGCUGUUCCGGCGCUACACGGACACCGACUCGCGGCCGCCCACGCCGGCGCCGACGCUGGCGAGCGCGGGGGCGCGCGGCUCGGGCCGGCGCUGCGUCACGCCCGACGCCGCCACCUCGGCCACGGCGUCGGCGUCGGCGGGCUCGGCGGCGGCCCGCGGGCGCUCCCGCUGCGGCGGCGGCCGCACGCUGCUCGUGCUCGACCUGCGCCGGUCGCGCAGCCAGGGCAUUUUCUCCGCUCAGGGACUGGGUGUUGUGUUGUCCUCAUCAUCAUUUCAUUCCCAUCUCCGGCGCGUAUUGCAGUUACCUCCCAUCCACAAGAUUCAGCCGAGUCCGGAGACGUCGACGGUGCUGACGGACACGACAGGCGGCAGCGGCGACGAGGACCUCCCGCGGCGCAGGGGGAAACGGCGCAAGCGCGGAAAGAAGGGCCGCGACGGCUCGCGGGAGCCCGAGAAGGAGUUCCAGGGGAUGCCGGAGCCCGGCGAGACGCAGGUGUCGGCGCUGCCGCUGGACUCGCGGGCCGCCAGCGCCCGGCCCUCGUUCAGCGCCGCCCCCACGCCGGCGCCCGCCCCCACCCCCGCCAACUCCGUGGCCUCGGCGCCGCCUCCCUCUGCGACGCCCGCGACGCCUCCGCCGCCGGCGCACGUGUCCUUCCUGGACGCCGCCGUCCUCCGACACCUCCAGAGGGAGCUGGACCACGAGGUCGUCGACAGCGAGUUUCAGCCAAAGAAACACAAAGCACUCGAAGAAGCACUGAAAGCCCGCCCACACGAGAAGCGCCGCGCCGGAGAAGAAAUGAGGAGAUUGAAGAAGGAGCUGCAAUUGCCGCCCAGCGACACCGAACUCUGGCUCACGCUGCCUCGCAUUUUCUCUCGCCAGAGCUCUCGGUUCGAGCUGCCUCUAGACAGCCGUACUCUUAACAAAAUGUCUCCUCUACAGUACCUUCAGUCUCAUGUAGAUGUUUCAAGUGGAAGGAAACUUCUGUACAAUAUGGUUUUCAAUAGACACAGAGAAGAGUUAGAUGAUGAAGAUACUGACAGAAGAAUGAAGGGAGAGAAUGUCGUUAUUGGUCUUGAAGAAGUAAUGGGCGCUCCUCUGUCAGAUGCACAGAUUGAAAAUUUCAGGUCGCUUGUUGGUUGGCAAGAUUCUGACAAGCUGGAUUUCCGCACGUGGUGUGGUAUAUGUGCUGCUUGUGAACGUCUGCUGGGUCCACAGUUUUCAUCGCAGGUGGCUUCUAAGGAAGAUGAUCCCUGCCAUGAAGUGGAAAAAGCUGACUUUGAGACAUUGCCACGCAAACUGCAAGGUCUCGCCCCAGAUCCACGACUGCUCACUAUUUUAAAUGGCAUUCGUGAAUUGUAAUGUAAUAAAUGACAAAAUAGUUGUCACUUGUUUUAACUGUAACAUUAAAAUUGGGUAGACUAGGCGAAAUGUUCAACUACAUUCUCUGUAUCAGUAGCAGUCUUUAUAAUUGUAAGAAAUGAAGUUAAAUAUGUACUGAAUUUUCCUACAUUUAUAACACAGAAAGAUUUAAAAUGCAGAUGUGUUA